GAAUUUCGGAGAAUUUUCAGAGGUGAAAAAUGGAGCAAAUAGAAACAGGAAUGAACGUGUUGUUCAGACGUCCGGCUUGAUUGUGUGAGUUAUUGUUUCGGGGAAUUAUGAGUGAAUAACGACGGAAAUUUUCGAAGUGCGUGAGAACGACAAGGUGACUGGAAUUGUCAUUAGAAAUGACGUCCAUCGCUUCUCAAAUCUCGUUCUCCACUCUCUGUGCCGUCUUCGAGGACAUUGUCACAGCGAAAACCAAUAACAAAAAACGCGAAGUCCUCUCCGAUUUCCUCCAAAAAUGUCGGGCCCUAUCUCAGCCCUCGACCCCUCCUCUCUCCCUAUUUCCAAUACUCCGUCUGUUCCUCUUGAAAGUUGACAAAGAGCGAGGACCCAACGGCCUCAAGGAGAAGUCCCUCGCCGUUCUCUACGUCAGAGUCUUCUGCUUGGGAAAGACUUCCUCCAAUGCUAAGAAACUUCUCAACUACAGAGAACCUCUGGCAUCCAGAAACAACACUAACGACUUCGCAGAACGAGUUUUCGUCGUUCUCAAGCCUCGUCUAGUGAAAUUAUCCUCCUUUUCUGUAGAAGACAUCAACAACUUUCUGGACACCAUCUCCAAUCAAUUCUCCUCAAACCAAAAACAAGACAAGGAAUUCAUCAAAAUAAUCUCUGAGUGUUCAGCGCUGGAGAUAAAAUGGCUGACGAGACUGAUUCUCAAGGAUCUCAAGUUAUCAAUGGGAUCGAAGAAGAUCUUUGAUGUGUUCCAUCCUGACGCGGAUCAGCUGUUUGCCCAGAAAUCGAAUCUGAAGAUCGUCUGCGAGACUCUGGGAAAUCCGAAGGAACGAAUUAAUACGAAGGUGUCGCGGGUUACGGUGUUCUUGCCGUUCAAGCCGAUGUUGCUGGAACGGUUACCGAUCACUCGUAUCAGAAAGUUCUUUGAUGAUGGAAAGAAAACGGAAUUCAUUAUUCAGACGAAGUUCGAUGGAGAGAGGUCCCAGGUGCACAUGAAGGACGGGAGGUUCAAGUACUUCACGAGGCACGGACUGGAUAUCACGAAGAAUCCUUCCUAUGGAGAGGCAAGAGGCACCAGAGGCUUCCUGACCAACAGAAUCGCUUCGUUAUUGAAUCCGGAGUGCAGAUCAAUUAUCUUAGAUGGAGAGAUGAUGGGUUUUCACAAAGAAAAAAAGGAGUUCAGCACGAAAGGCGUUCCUUUCGACGUCAAGAAAUUAACAUUCAAGAGUAAACACCACCCGUGUCUUAUCGCUUACGACAUUCUCCUUUAUAAUGAUGAAUUACUCAUCAAUAAGCCACUUGAAUAUCGAUUGAAAGUGUUGGAAGUUGCCUUUGAGGAAUCGCCGGGUGUUUUACAGAGAGCAAACAGUGACAGAGUUUCUUCGAUGGAGGAAAUUAUCGCCUCAUUCAACAAGUCUAUAGAUACCCAUGAAGAAGGAAUCGUCUUGAAGAAGAUCAACAGUCUGUAUCACAUUAACACCCGGGACGGAAGUGGCUGCUACAAAAUUAAAUCCGAUUACUCUUCCGAAUUAAUUCACGACCUGGACCUGGUGAUAAUCGGUGGUUACUACGGUGAAGGCCGUCACUCUGGGUUGUUCAACAGCUUCCUCACAGCCUGCGUACAUCGCACCGUCUCUGCGAAGAAAUUUUACUCAGUUGUCUCCGUCAGCAACGGUCUCUCCACUGAUGCCAUCCGCUCCUUCAACGCUAAAUUCAGUACCUUUUGGACGAAAAACAAGCCGGACGUAGUGAUUGGCCCCAAGAAAGAUCUCCCAGACAUCUGGAUCCACCCGGAGCACUCAAUUGUCCUUCAGGUGCGCGCUUCGGAGAUGUCCGAGUCGAGUAAUUAUCCUGGAGGCUGGACCCUGCGCUUCCCUAGAGUAGAGACUAUUCGUGACGAUAAGCCUUUCGACGAAUGCUGCACCCUCAACGAACUGCAGGGGCUCAAAAGUCGGAAGGGAGUUAUUCAGAAGCUGACGAAGAGACACGCAACUGCUGAGGACAUCUGGCUAGUUCCUGAGAAGAAGAAACGAGACAGUUAUACAACUGCUCCUGUCAAAAUCGAUGAUUGUUAUCUGGGGAUUAGCGGUUCUGGUGUUCAGAGAGUGAGCAGGCUCUUCAUGGGGAAGGAGUUCUGUGUAAUGAAGGGGGAGAGGAUCGACGGUGAUGAGGAGGGGAUGACAAAGAGGGAAAUCGAGAGGCUCGUGAUGGAGCACUCAGGGAAAAUAGUGCAGAAUCCUACGAAGGAGACCUUUUGCGUGUUGUCUAGGGACUCUCAAGGGAUCAGGGUGAGGAAUGUUGUGGAUGGCAAACAGAAUGACGUUGUCAGGGUCUCCUGGGUGGUGAGAGCUACUAGAGAGGAGAAUCUGGGAGAAAUUGUCGAGUUCUUUCCCUGGGAAGUCAUUGGGAUGAAGAUGAAGACGUGGGAGAGACUUAAGGAGAGGUUCGACGAUUACUAUGAUGACUAUUUUGAGGAGGCUGAUGAGGAGAGUGUCAGGAGGUCUCUUGAACGGGUCUCGACGCUGAAGGAUGAUGAAGGAGUUGUGUUGACUGCGAAUGGCGUCGCGAAAUUAGAGACGGAGAUGUUUAAAGGGACUUCCCCUUUUGGAAUAUUUAGGGGGUUGGUGGGUUUUUUUGUGGAUGAUAAGGAUGUUAGGAGUUUUGAGUUUAGGUUUAUGGGUGGAGAAGUUAAGCCAGAGGUGGAUGAGACAGUUACUGAUGUUUUUGUGGGGGAGGAGGAGGUCGGGAUGAUUGAACUCUAUAGGAUGAUUAAUGCGAGAGGAAGCGCUGAUGUGAGGAUUGUCAAGAGCCAGUGGAUUGAGAAGAGUUUUGAGGAAGGGAGGAUUUUGGAUAGGAGAGGGUAUACUGUCAGCUGAAGUGAUUUAGUCUAGUUUUUAAUUUUUUGAGGUCUUAUAAUGGGACUUGUGCAAUGGGAAUUGUUUUCGAAUUUUUUUAACUCCUUCAAAAUGAGCAUAAUUUUGAAAUUGUUUUUUAAUAUUUUUUAUUAAGUUCUUGAAAGAAGGGUGUGGAAUAUUCCACAGAUUUUAUUUUAAUUAUUAGCUAUGAUGUCUAGGAUUUUUUCCGAAAUCAUAAUUUUUAAAUCAAAUUAAUUUUUUACAAUUAAUGCUGGAUCAGUCAUCAUGGAUUAUUACCAAAAAUCAAUUAUCUAUCACGAGAAAUAUCUUUAGAUUUUUUACAGGAAGUAAAGGUGUGACUUUAGUUUUAAUUUUAGAAAUAAUAGUUAUAUACAUUUUUAAUACAAUUCCGAGUGAUAAUUUGGUGAAAUUAAAAUUACAUUUGAAAAUGUUUCCGAACAACUAAAUAAAGUGUUAUUUACUCUGCCAA